AUGCCGACUACUCUCCAUCUCCUCACCUUCUCAAUAUUCCUCUUUCACCUCACCAUCACCUUUUCCUCAUCAACUAGUGCAUCAUCUUCUUUUUCUCCAUCCUUUGCUCAAACCCAAUUAAAGUUGUGGUCCCAAAAUGUGCAAAACAAGAUGCCACCAUCCAUCUCCACAAAACUCUCACCACUCACCCGGCACGACUCGGACCACUACACCACGGCCAUAACAUCACGAAACACGUUCAAAGCCGAUCCCAAAUUUUGUAUGCUAGCGGGAUUAGUGUGCUCCACGGGCGGGGCCCGCGUGGUAAACGUCUUGAAAGAAGGGUAUAGAACCUACGGCAACACGAACCCAAAGCAAACGGCGGUACCCCUUGAGAAAGUCGACCCGUCCUUGUUCUUCAGGCUUUCGGCCCUUAAGGAGGGAAACUCGAUCCGCCUCUCCGACCUCAAGGAGUCCCUACCCCACCGCGCAUUUCUCCCGGCUCAAAUCGCGUCCAGGAUUUCCCUGGCCACCACAGAUGGCGUGACGAGAAUAUUUCCGGACUCGGCCACCGAUGCAAUUGAGACCACAAUCGCCUACUGCAACGCAAAGAACGUGAAGGGAGAGUUCAAAACGUGCCCGAGGUCACUGGAGGAGAUGAUCGGCUUCUCGAAAACCGCACUGCACACGGAAAAGCUUCUCAUUCUAACUUCCGAGAGCACGAGAGGGUCGGGAGAGAAGCUCGUGAUCAAGAAUAUUAAGAGGUUCGACGCGGAAAAUAUUGUGGCUUGCCACGAGAUGUUCCUUCCUUUUGCGGCCUACUUCUGCCACUCCCUGCCCUCGACUCGGGUUUACUCUGCGGACCUUGUUGAUGGAAAGACAGGCGCUCGGGUCAACACUGUAGUGGGAGUGUGCCACAUGGACACGUCGGGUUGGCCCGCGGAUCACGUGGCGUUUCGGGUUCUCAAGUUUGGGCCGGGGCAGGGGGAGGCUUGCCAUUGGUUGAAUGAGAUUGAUCUUGUGUGGAUUGCCGCGCUUCGUUUCUUCUUAGCCGCUUCCCCUCGCUGGUCUUCUGGCCUAGGUCGCGGUUGCUCUCGGCACGGCGUACUCGCGCUCGGUGAUUUGCAAUUGGUCACGGGCAGAAGCUCGGCACGGUUUCUCCUAUGCUCUCGUUUUCUGACUUUCUUGCCGUUGGUCUUGGAUCCCAAAAGUCUCGGCAGUUUGCCUCGACUGCUGCUCCCGUGUCUCCUCGGUGGUGUGCUCAAGGCCAGGCAUUGCUCGCGGGCGCCAGCGGCUCUCGGCGCUCGCAUGAGGGCUGCUCGGGACGCCUACGCGGAAGUGGUGUGA